AUGGUGCGAGUGUUGUCUUGGUUGGGCGUCGUGUUCAACACCUAUUUGGUCAUAUUUGUUUCACCCUUAUGUCAAAACUUAAGCUUUGAAGUGCGAAUGCUUGUGUUUGUUGCUGUCGAGCAUGCCUUGCUCAUAUUGAAAGUCAUCAUCGAUGCUGCGCUGGGUCCAAAGAGUACGGCACAGCGGCGCAUUGAAGAGCACCAAGACAGGGUCAUCGAAAGGAUUCUGCAAGAGAAUAACAAGACCAAGCGAACAGGGCAUUUGCAGGUAAAGUCGCUCUCGCAAGAAACUACCUUCGCAGGAGAUUCGUCGAUAGGGUCCUCUUGUUACGGCCGCUUGAGUUGCGGCUCAGAGCCAUAA